GAUUAUUAAUUUUUGAAGUUUUGAAUCUAAAAUGUAUGAAAGUUGAAGACAUGAACUAGCUGAAUCAGUGAAGAAGGAAAGAGAAGUGUGAAUUCGUGUUGAGUUGUGAUAGGAAUGAGAUGAAUCAGUGAAGAAGGAAAGGGAAGUUUGAAUUUGAGUUGAGUCGUGAAUGUGAAUGUGAAUGUGAAUGUGAAUGUGAAUGUGAAUGGGGAAUCAGAAGCAGAAGUGGACGCAAGACGAAGAAGACGCGCUCAUCGCCGGAGUUGAAAAGCACGGUCCCGGAAAGUGGAAGAACAUUCUCAAAGAUCCUCAAUUCGCCCCUUUCCUCACUUCUCGUUCCAACAUCGACCUCAAGGACAAAUGGCGGAAUUUGAGCGUCAGUAACGGUUCUCAAGUCUCCAAAGACAAACCUAGGGUUCCCAAGCUCAAGGCUCUUCCUCCUCCUCCACCUCCAACUGCUGCCACCUCCUCCACCGCCACCGCUCCUCAAAACGCCCUCCCUGCUCCUCAAAACGCACGGACUGAGGUCGCUGCCCUUGAUUCUUCUCCGAAUGGUCAAGAUGUCAAAAACCCUCCGAGGUAUAAUGCAAUGGUUUUUGAAGCUCUAUCAGCACUAAAGGAUAAUAAUGGAUCUGACCUAAGUGCCAUUGUUAGUUUCAUCGAGCAAAAGCAUCAGGUUCCUCAAAAUUUUAGAAGGGCAUUAAGUACAAGGUUGAGGAGGCUUGUUAGUCAAGGGAAACUUGAAAAGGUACAAAAUUGUUACAAAAUAAAAAAGGAUGUCGCCUCUGGUGCAAAAUCACCUCCACCGAAACCAAAGGAUGUCCGGCCACGGCAAUUACAACCACAACCAGAACGGCAAUCCCCAGCUUCUGUCAUUACGGCAUCUAAUGAUACAAUAAAGGAAGCUGCUGAUACUGCAGCCUACAGAGUUGCUGAUGCUGAAAGUAAAUCAUAUCUGGCUGCGGAAGCAGUAAAGGAGGCAGAAAAAAUAUCAUUGUUGGUUGAACAUAGUGAUUCAAUGUUGCAGCUAGCAAAAGACAUAUAUGAACAAUGUUCGCGUGGUGAAAUUAUCCUCUUGGCUUAAGAUGGUCAACGAAAAAGGUCUAUGAAUAGAUUCAACUUGAUGUUGAUUUCUAUAUCUAAAAUUUUGUUGAUUCAAUGAGAUAUAUAUAUAU